GCUGGAAGUCAGGUUCUGACUGCUGGGAUGGACAAUUCCCCUCUGGCUAGGGCUUGUCUAAAUGCUCCCUCUGUGGAUGCUGGCCAAAUUCUGCCCUGUGUUGCUUUCAGCUAGGUUAGGAGAGCAGAGAGUUCCAGUGCAAAGUCCCCGAAUCACUUUGACCUUCCUCCCCCAAAUGCACAAAUUCCCUCUUCCUGCCACACUGCCUGGGGAUGAGAGAGAGGUGGUGUAGGCAAUUCAAGAUUUUCUUUCCUACUCUCUUCAGUGGCUCCUUCCUUGAUAUGAUGUUAACAUCCGGCACUAUGAUUGCUCACCUGAUUUUUUGGUUCUUAUAAAGGUGCUUCUUAUAUGGAUAGUUGUUCAAUUUGUUGUUCCUGCAGGGCAGAUGAUUGCUGGAGGAUUCUGUUCAGCCAUCAGCCAUCUUGCUUUACCUUGUAAGAGGGAGUAAUUUCACCAUAUUUGAAGAGCUCAUGCAAAUAGAUAAAAAGAUGAAGUUCAAGAAAACAAGCAAAAUAUAUGAACUUGUAUUUUAAAGGAGAUGAUGUUCAAAGGGCUGAUGAAUAUUUGAAAAGAUGUUCAAUGGCAAAACAAGAUGCAAGUUUAACCCUCCUUGCUUUUUUUGCAGUUGUCAGAGAGAUGGAUAACGUUACAGCUGAAGAAAUUAGAGACAAGCAUCUUCAAAAAGAUUUAGAUGCAGAAGAAAAUCAAAAUGUAGUAAAGACAUUGAGAGGCAAAGUGAGAGAAAAGCGAAAAAAUUCUAAGAUUAACAAAGAUGAAAAAUCUUCAGCUGAGCAGCUCACUGAUAGCCAAAUAUAUCAAAGAACCAAGGUUUCUCCACAGACUGAAGUCUCAUUGGAUAAAAGCCUUUCAUUUUUCAUUCUGAGUGGUGAAGAAAGUUCAGCUUUGGAUGAAUCUUCAAAGCAGAGACCAGUAAACCAUAAUUAUCCCAAAUGCUUUUCACUUGGUGGUAAUUUACAAAAUGUUGAUGAGAGUGAAGAUGAAGAGUUUAUCAAAGAAUUCAUUUUGACAGAUUUAGUCAAAGUAAAAGCUGCUGAAUAUGAAGAUGAUCAAGAACAAAUAAAAAAACAGAAGGCAAAUAUUUUUGUACCAAGUAGUUCUCCAGGUAAUAUUCUUUUCCAGUAAAAUAUUCAAGUCAUUAAUGAAUUAUGUUAUGGAAUAAUAGCUUUUC